GAAAAUUAGAGGAGACGCGACGGUUCACGUAGCGAUCGUAAUGCACGAACGAGCUGUCGUAGCGCGGUUCGCAAGGUUUAUUACCGCGCAUGCGCGCUCCGAUCCGCACAUGGACCGCGACUAGAAGCAUCCCCUUGUUUUCCGUGUCGUAUAGUCGUGUAACGCGUGUCUCAUGGUGUCGCGUCACACCGCGUGCUACGUCGCAUCGCGUUAACGAACGACGAGUUUCAUUGGAAAAGAGAUAAUUCGUCGUUUUGAGAAGUCCUUUAAAGAAAGUGAAAGAAUCGCAUUGUCGGAAGAACGAGGAGGAAAAGAAAAGGAAACGAAAUCGAACGGUUGGAACGAGGAAUUGGAGCAUCGAAAGGAAGAGCGGAACGGCGGAAGAGUGAGCGCGAAACGGAAGAAGGGAACAGGGGAACGGGACAGUGGAACGGGAGAACGGAAGGAAGACACGCGUGCCAGUUGCAAGAGAACGGAACAGUCGGCCGGGAUGGAUCGGAUAAAAGGGUUGGGGUGAGGGGGCUGACGAGUGAGGUGGUGGUGGCCGGUCGUCGGGCGCCGUCGGGCGGCGAGUUUUCAGUCUGUCCUGCGCCGUCGAAACGAAGGAAGCGCCGCUCGUCGUCGAGCGCGACGUCGAGCGCGACGAGCCGACGAGCCCGUGCCCUUCUUAGUUCGCGUUCGCUCGCCGUCUCGAGCGUCACAUUUUCUCCUUUUGUUCAAUUGCGCGGACGCGCGCACUCCUCGCUUUUCUCUUCCUCCUUUUCUCUCCCAAUUUCUCCCAGUUUAUCCUUAUCCGACAAUCACCACCAGAAUAUAACUUUAUCUGGCCUCGAAAUCUCGCCGUAUCUCCGACGAUUUUUUGUUGUCCGUCCUUCUCCCCUUCCUUUUCUCUCUCUCUUUCUUUCUCUCUCCGUUUCCUUCUAUCGGUGUAACCGUCUGUUUACUUUUAUCUUAAUCUCUAUCUCCGUAUUUCGCAUCUUUUGCUCUCUUCUCUUUCUUUCUUUAUUUUCAUCUUUGUUUCGCCCUUCCCUAUACUAUUCUCUCGCGCUUUAUAGUCUUCUCUGUCCACGAUCUAAGACUCCUUUCUUUCGUCCGCUUCCUUGAUUACGUUCCUCCUCGUUUCUUACACGUUCUAUCUCGUAUUCAUGGAAGAUAUGCCAUUAAAAUCGUCUAGUCGAUAGAGACGAAUGUUCGAAGCCGAAUUUUCUCGAAAAGAAUUGUGAGCACGGUAAUUGUGGAUUUUUUGCCACGGACUUGCUCCAGAUUUUCGCAUCGACCACCUUCGAAUCAAGGUAGAAAGGUGCCAAGGAUCGAUAAUUUUGAUAGAAGCAACAAAACUCGAACGUUACGACGACAACGUUGGAGGCGUCAACUACACAGCGAAGGAAAACGACGUGGAGCAGCAAAUCUAACUUCGAAGGUGGGAAUAACGAGCACAAAGGCGAGGAAAUUGCGUCAACGUCAACGAAGUUUUUCUUCUUAAAGUAUUUAUCGAAGUAAGAGGGGAAGAAAAAAAAAAAGUACCAAAGAACUGUGGAAAAUUAUCUGUAAAGCGGGAGAAGUACCUGCGAGGAGGCUAACGAAGAGAAACGGUGGAAUAAUUAAGAAGAAGGAAGGUGGAAAAGAAGAAGCGAGAGGGCACGGUUUGGAGAAGGGAGAAGGAUUGGAGGGAAAAGGGGAUCGAAAGGAGAAGAAGGGGAGGAGGGAGAAAGAUGAGAAGCAACGUUCCGCGAUAGAAGGAGGAAUUGGCGAAGGAAGGGGACGUGGAUCGGGGUGGAUCCGGGUCGAUCGGUGUGAUGGUCUCGGGGUGGUGCCCGUGCGUGCCGAUCGGCCGCCGGGAAUCACCGGCCCAACAGCAGUCGGCCUCCUCCUCGAGGAGUUUAGGAACGGACGGUGCACCGUUCACCGUCAGCGCGGCGACCGAUCGCGCAGAUAUGGUCCAGAUGUUUUAUUACGAAAAUCGCGGCAAAUGCUGCAAGAAACUUCUCCGAUACAACGGAUACCCGAACAAGGUGCUUCUGUUUCCGGAAGAAGGCUGGGCGAGGAGCGCGAGCAGUUCCUACUGGACUUUGACGCCGUUCUGGUGGAGUCGAAGUCGAUGCAAGGUGGUCGAAGUUGCUGGAACCAGAAGGUACAGCACUCAAGCAAAAAUGGUGGACACAGGAACUGGCACGCUUUACAUCGUCGGCUCUUUCAAAAGAAUGACAACCGAUCCUGAUUUCAAGUUGUACCUGACGUCGAACGUAUCGUCGAGCGACUUCAACAUGGGUUACAGUAUGACUGGCACGUUGGAGCGUGGCUGCAAGAAGACCAACUCUUUUCAGAUGACACACUUUGCGGUGAUUCGUCGACGAGACUACGAAAAGGCCUACGAGGACUCAAAUCCCACCUAGUGCCCGUCCACACCCACGCUGUCCGAGUGUGGGGAUUGCGAACACUACGCGUAGAAGGAAAAGGGUAUUAAUCGAAUUACGCGCACGGCUUACCCUCCAAUUUAUUCUCGAUUCAAAACAAAAACGUUCUUAGAAAAGAAGGAUUCUCUUUUACCAUUCGAUAAUCGAGCAAAUUAACUCUGUGAUCUUCACACGGAUCAUAGCGAUACUCUCGUCGAAUCUUUCUUCUCGUCCCGGUCUGCAGGGAAUUAACGGUUAAAUAUCCGAAAAAAGCGAUCGCAGCGACCUCGACUGGUAGCGUCAGCCGAUACGCGACAUUCGAUACGCGCGCGACACGCAAUACAGAGAAAUCAAACACCCGAACGAACGAGCAAAAGCCAAAACGUCCAAAGGUAGCGUUAAAAACUUAGGUCGAAUUAAGUAGUUUUUAAAAAAAAAAAAAGAAUAGCAGGGAACGAUACAGAUGGCGAGUAUA